AUGGAAACUCACGCUCACGAAACAAUCGAUCAAAUGUGUCGAUUGCAGCUUCAUGGCUCUUACCCAUUAGUGGCUUUAGAUAAAGAAAGAUGGUCUGAACGAUAUUGUACUGUACCAUAUAAUUGUACGUGUUCGCUUGAUCCAAUAAGUAUUGGUUUAUCUGCUUACAAUCGAUCUGUAUGUAUUUGUCCUAUUUAUAAAUUUGGUCAUCGAUGUCUACUUACCGAUAAAAUUUUUGAAAUAAAUAAUAAUUUAACACGUCAAAACGGUGGUCAAUGUCAAAGUGCUUGUGAAAAUGAAGGUCAAUGUUUUCAAGAGGACCAAAAUUGUCCCAGAAAAUCAAUAUGUAUAUGUUCACCAUGCUUUUAUGGAACACAAUGCCAAUUUAGGGUAAAUGGAUUUGGUUUAUCACUUGAUGCUAUCUUAGGUUAUCAUAUUCAACCACAGCUUAACAUGAAUCAAUGGUUAAAUGCAUGUGUGGCUAUUGAAAGAGUUAUCACAGUUAUCAAAGGUAUUAAUUUUCGUAAGGAAAAAAGCAAACGAAUUGCUAAACUAGUAUUAAUCAUUCUUUUAAUUUUUACUAUUUCUACAAAUAUUUGUGAUCCUUUUUAUCGACGUUUAAUUGAUAAAGAAAAUGAACAUGAUAAACGAAUAUGGUGUAUUGCUACUUAUUCAUCUAGUUUACAAAUAUACAAUUUUUUAAUACAUGCAUUUCAUGUUGUAGCUCCAUUUAUCAUUAAUAUAGUGGCGGCUGUUAUUUUUAUAGCAAAAAAAUCUCGUCAACAAGCAAAUCUUAAAGAUAAUGAAAAUUAUAGAGAACUUUUAAAAGCGCAACUUCGAGAAUAUACAAAUUUAUUUAUUGCUCCUAUUGUAUUAGCAAUUCUUGCUUUACCACGUUUAAUUAUUUCAUUUCUAUCAAAAUGUAUGGAAUCAGCAGAUGACACGUUGUUAGAUCCUAUUGAAUAUUUUAUUUCAUUUAUGCCACCGAUGCUUACAUGCGUUGUAUUCGUUUUACCAUCAAAAUUUUAUAAAGAAAAACUUCUUGAAACUCUCAUUGAUUACCGAACUGAAAUACAACGACAUUUUAAACAAGUUAAAUAA